AUGACCCACAUUGCUCUUGAGGGUGGGUGCUUUGUUUUGUCAGCCAACCAGUUCUGUCGAAGGAGAGAUUACCCGCCUCCUCCAGAAUAUGUGUUUUUUGGCAUAGAAGAUGAUCUCACACCGGAUUCUGUUGUUUGUGCUGGUGGGAGUGUCAUUAUCUCACCAUCAGGGACUGUAUUGGCUGGACCCAAUUAUGAAGGGGAGGCACUCAUAUCUGCUGAUCUAGAUCUUGGAGAAAUAGCACGAGCGAAGUUCGAUUUUGAUGUGGUUGGGCAUUAUUCGAGACCUGAAGUAGUUAGUUUGGUUGUGAGGGAUCAUCCAGCCAGCCCAGUGACUUUCACAUCAGCAUCUGGAAAUGCAGACGACUCUCAUAAGUAG